UGGCUGUGAAGCCUAUGUUCUUUCUUGCUGCUGCUCACUGUUUGGGUCUGCACUACUCUUAAAAGCUGUAACAAUCACUGCCAACGAAGAUCUGCAGCUUCACUCCUGAAGCCAAUGAGACCACGAACCACCAGUAGGAAGGAACAACUCCGAAGGCCUCCACCUUUAAGAGCUGUCACACUCACUGCCAAGGUCUGUGGCUUCACUUGUGAAGUCAGCAAGGCCACGAACACACCAGAAGGAAGACACUCCAGAUACAUCUGAAUAUCUUAAGGAACAAACUGCAGACACACCAUCUUUAAUAACUGUAACACUCAUUUGGACCGUCGGUGGCUUCAUUCUUGAAGUCAGCAAGACCAGGAACCCACAGGAAGGAACCAAUUCCAGACACACUCCUAUGGCAGUGACUUGCCCAGGCCUACUGCCAGCGGGUAUGCCAAUGGUGGUGGCACAUACAGCGGGCCAAUGGGCGGGAGCAUCUCAUGAGGCUGGCCUCCCUUCAACCCCUACUGCAUCCUGGAGCCACAGGUUUCCCUGAGUGAGCAAGCAUGGACGGAGGCCCCCAACUUGCCAGGGGCGGCGGACUAGCCGGCUGCCAGAUAACCAGUCAGUAUUUCCCGCAGUGGAUGCCUGGUGGUUCUCUCCCCAGAACCACUGGUGGUUCCCCUGGCUCCCGCUGGGACAAGGGGCCAGGGGAACGCGGCCGCAGGUUGCAUGGGCAACUCUUGCACGCCGCCCUCGGAGCCCGGUGUAAUCUGGGCCUGGAUCACGCCAUCCACCACUGUGUCACCAUGUACCUGCCCCUGCUGCUGGUCCUCCUGGUCAACCCCAUUCUAUUCGGAAAGACAGUGACUGCAGGUUCUGAUGCCAGCACAUUUGAAAUCCAUACUGCAAGCGAAUCCUGCAAUAAAAAUAAGGGUGACCCUGCUUGCCAAACCCACAGAGACCUGUAAAGUGGAUGUGCCAAGGGCCCAGCUCCCAUAUUCCUGACUCUUCUAUUGUCAUCCUUUAGAACUUUGUUCUCACUUUUUCAUCCCUGCACUGCCAAAGUGCAGCAGGCCCUCAACCGUGCCCUCAUCACCAGUUAGAGGUUUUUCUCAAAGAGCUUUUAGGAUAAGAGAAAUGAUUCAUGCACAUGCAUGUGGCAAUGGAAGAGCCCCCUCCAGACCACUCUGCUGCUUCUCUAGCCUAUUGUCACUAGGAAGUUUUCUGAGGCUCGCUAUAAAGCUAAGUGCAAGAUCUAUGUCCUUGGGAAAAUAGUUAAAAAAAAUAAGGUAAUUGUGACUGAGCUCUUGGCCUCACUUGGAUGCUGUCUUAACAACACUUCUAUCCAAAGAAAAUAUGUGCACAGCUUAAUGAAAAGCAUGAGUUUUGAGAAAUGUGUCAUUCUGUGAUAUAUAAUGUUGGGUAAAUACCAUACAGCGUAUUUACACAAACCUAGAUGGUACAGUCUACAGCACAACUAGGCUAGAUGGUACAGCCUGUUGCUCCUAGGCUGCAAACCAGACUGUAAUGAAUGAAACGUGACUAUACUGAAUACUGUCAGCAACUGUAACACAAUGGUAUUUGUAUAUCUAAACAUAGAAAAGGUGCAGUAAAUGUGUUUUCUAGAGCAAAUGUCCUCGACUAACCUUACUGACAUCGCCAAACAGCAGCUAGGUAGAGAAGCAGCAGAAUAAAAGGGAAACCAGGGCGCCAGUGGAGCAACGGCACAGGCUGUCCUGCUAACACCCAGUAGAGGGCAAAGAAGGGAGUGUGAAGGGUUUUUUUUUUUUUUGAGACAAGGCUGGAAUGCAGUGGUGAAAUCUCAGCUCACUGCAACUUCUGCCUCCCAGUUUCAAGCUGUUCACCUGC